CGCCUCGCGCCGAGGAUGCUGAAGAUGAAGCUGCCCCUGAAGCCGACGAGCCACAGGGCGGCGGCGGAAGAGGCGGCCGCGGCGGCGCUGGGGCUGAAGGAGGCCGGCGCGGCCCCGGACUGCCACCCCUCGCCGCCGCCGCCACAGCAGCAGCCGCAGCCGCAGCAGGUGCCCCGGGCGCCGGGCCGCGGGGGAGCCGCCGCGGGGCGGGGGUGCGGGCUGGAGCGGCCGAGCCAGCUACACGGCCUGGGGCCGGGGCCGGGGCCCGGCCCCGGCCCGCCGCCUCCCGCCUUCCCGGGAGGCUCCGGCCCCGGCCCGGCGGCGGCCCGCACCGACAAGGAGACGGUGUAUGAGUGGUUCGGGCUGGUGCUGGGCUCGGCGCAGCGGCUGGAGUUCAUGGUGGGGCUGCUGGACCUGUGCAACCCGCUGGAGCUGCGCUUCCUUGGCUCCUGCUUGGAGGACCUGGCCCGCAAGGACUACCACUGCCUCCGCGACUCGGAGGCCAAGGCCAACGGGCUGAGUGACCCCGGGCAGCUGGGCGACUUCCGCGACCCGGCCGUGCGUUCCAAGCUCAUCGUCUACCUGGCCCUGCUGGGCUCCGAGAACCGCGAGGCGGCCGGCCGCCUGCACCGCCUCCUGCCCCAGGUGGACUCCAUCCUGCAGAGCUGCCCGGCGCGGCGGCCUCGGGCGGGCGCCGCCGAGGAGGAGGGGGCCGAGGACGAGGAGGAGGUGGUGAUGGUGAUGGACGGGGCCGGAGAGAACGGACAGGGCCCUCUCCCCGCCGCCCAGGGCCUGGGCUUCGGCGCGCAGGAGGAACUGCUCCUGCUCUUCACCAUGGCCUCGCUGCACCCGGCCUUCUCCUUCCACCAGCGGGUCACGCUGCGAGAGCACCUAGAACGCCUGCGGAGGGCCCUGUGCGGGGACCAGGAGGAGGAAGAGGGCUUCGGCCGCCACCGGGCCCAGGAUGACUUUUCCCGCAGUGAUUGCACGUCAGGUAAUGAGACCAGUUUGCUAGAACGGACCACAGCACCUCAUGAUGGACUACCAGUGGCUUCCCAUAGACCUCAGCGAGAAGCUGUACACAUUGAGAAGAUAACCCUGAAAGGAGUACCAAGAAAAAGGGCUGACAAACAUCUGGAGUACACAUUCAAAGUAACGUGGUCCGACCUUUCGGUAACGUGUGUAACAAAAACACACCAGGAGCUUCAGGAAUUCCUACUAAAACUUCCAAAGGAACUGUCUUCUGAAGCAUUUGACAAGACCAUUUUAAGAGCACUAAAUCAGGGUUUUCAGAAGAGGGAAGAACGAAGGCAUGCUGAUCUUGAGCCCAUAAUCAGGCAGCUAUUUUCAAAUACAUCACAAGCUUUUCUGCAGAAUCAGAGAGUAUACAACUUCUUCCAAUCAAUUUCAUCAGAAUCUUUGCACACUCACAGUAACUUACAACCCUCUUUGAAGACGGUUAAAGCACCAGAACACUUCAAGGAGGACAGUUCAGAAGCUUCAAGUCAGGAGGAAGAUGUAAUGCAACACGCAGCAGUCCACAAGAAACAUAAUGGAAAAAGUCCUGUUGCCAACAGCACUAGCAGUGCAAAGUGUUCUUCACUGGAUAGCCUUAACAUACAGCACUCUGAGCAAAAUGGGGUAAUGGACUGGAGAAGGAAAACCUGUAUUGUCCAGCAGCACCCAGAGCACUGUACAAACAUACUUGACCAGCAUACAGGGGAAAAACGGAGCUUAUCUGCAGUAAGCAAGAAGAAGGGAAAGCCACAGCUGGAAAAGGAGAAAGCAAAGAAGGCUGAGUGCCGGCUGAAUAACAGGACAAAUGGAGUUAGAGUUGCAGCAUCACAGCACAUCCGUGCAGGGACAGCAAAAGAUCUGAAUUUGGACACUGGAUCUGGUCACGAUACGUGUGGAGAAACAUCAUCUGAAAGUUACAGUUCUCCUUCUAGUCCACGACAUGAUGGGAGGGAAAGCUUUGACAGUGAAGAAGAAAAAGACAGAGACACGGACAGCAAUUCUGAGGACUCUGGAAAUCAAAAUGCAGCCAGGUUCACAGGCUACAGUGCUGUCAGCUCCUCAAACAUGAACAAAUCGUCUGCUCAGAUCUCUUCAGCGACUAACGAAAACGGAAGCCUUUCGGAAGAUCCUUUGAAUGCCAAGUUUCAACACAUCUCCUUCAUGCCUGCCUUACACUGUGUGAUGCACAGCACUGCCCAAAAGCCUGAAGCGGUCGUCCCGCCCCCCAUAUCCGCAGAUGGGAAGACGAUGGGAAUGCUCGUUACCACGCCUGUUGCUGUCUCACCGGUGAGAGAGUCCGCAAAUUCACCUCCUGGUGGAAUGGGCCCAGUGACUUCUGGCGAGCCUGAGAAACGCCUCGAGCUGAUGGCUUCCCCUUUGCCAGUCCCAUCCACUUUUCUCCCGCAUUCUGUCCAGCCUGGUAGCCCUGCUUUGCAUUUGGCAAUACACAGAUUGAAAAUGCCCUCUCCACAGGGAUCGUCGGAAAGUUGCACGGUUAAUGGACCACAGCAGCCAACAGGAAACUUAAGCAUUGGAUCACCAAAUACUGCCUUUAUCCCAGUCCACAAUCCAGGUAGUUUCCCAGGAUCCCCAGUUCCUACUACAGAUCCCAUCACAAAACCCGCAUCCCAGGUGGUAGGACUGAAUCAAAUGGUGCCUCACAUUGAGGGAAACCCAGGAGCAAUCCCUCAGCCUACCAAUCUGAAGGUAGUUCUUCCAGCAGCUGGUCUCUCCACAGCAGCACCGCCACCUCCACCAGCUUCGUACGCUUUGCCAGGCAGUCCUCAUGCUACCAGCGUGUUGCCCAACCAGAACACAAACGUGCUGAACACUGUAGCAGCCUCCUCACCACCUCAGUCAGCUGGUUUAGGUGUUGGUCAGAUCCAGUCGUCCGUUCCUCCUGCAAUUCCUACGCACACGCCAGGCCCUGCCCCUAGCCCGAGCCCCGCUUUAACACACAGCACUGCACAGAGCGACAGCACAUCCUACAUAAACGCUGUUGGAAAUAACAACACUAACGGGACAAUGUUACCUCCACAGCAGCUGGGAUCUGGUCCUUGUGGUUCUUGUGGACGCAGGUGUAGCUGUGGGACCAAUGGAAGCCUUCAGAUUAAUAGCUAUUUUUAUCAUAACCCACUUCAUGGACAAGUCUACAGAGUUCCAUCUUUCUUCACUCUGCCAUCACUUUGCAAUGGCAGCUACCUCAAUCAAGCACAUCAAAGCAAUGGAACGCAACUUCCUUUCUUCCUGCCUCAGUCUCCGUAUGCAAACGGGCUUAUGCAUGACCCAGUAAUGGGGAGCCAAGCCAACUAUGGUAUGCAGCAGAUGGCAGGAUUUGGGAGGUUCUAUCCCGUAUAUCCAGCACCUAACGUAGUUGCCAACACAAAUGGGUCAGGACCCAAGAAGAAUGGGAACGUUUCAUGUUACAAUUGUGGUGUAAGUGGACACUAUGCGCAGGACUGUAAGCAGUCAUCCAUGGAGGCCAGUCAACAAGGCACUUACAGACUGAGAUACGCACCUCCCCCUCCCCCUUCCAAUGAUACCUUGGAUUCUGCAGACUGAAACAACUCUUUUGCAGGACGCACGCAGGCCCCAGCACGAGAGCGGGCAGCUGAGCAGCAGCAAGGCUUCGGGUGGAAACCUCUCGGGACUUGAGCAGCUCCUUGCUACCCAGCUCUGCUCUGAGGUGCACGCUGACAAUGAUUUCCAGGUAUUUCAAAGUGUGUGUGCAAAUCGGGAAGCCUUGGCCUCUGUCGCUGGAUGAAAUAAAGAUUUUGAAUGAAAA